AUGACCGAGGCUGGCAACGUGACGGUGGCCUCGAAUGUGUUCGGCACCAUCGGGACCAUACUAUGGUGCAUCCAACUGAUCCCGCAGAUCUGGCAUAACUGGACGCGGAAGAGGACCGACGGGUUACCUCCGCUGAUGAUGCUGCUGUGGGCUUGCUGUGCUGUCCCGAUGGGAGCAUAUCUCGUUCUUCAGCAGGUCAAUCUUCCACUCCAAAUCCAGCCGCAGAUCUUCGGUGUCUUCUCCUUGGUCAGCUGGGGGCAGAUCCUGUAUUAUAGCCAUGAAUUUACUCGUGCCAAAGCGGUGUCGCUGGUCGUUGGCUUGACGGUUCUAUUUGGUGUGAUUGAGAUGCUGUUAGUUCUCAUCUUAAGGAUUCCUUAUCGUCAGGGCAUCACCUGGCCUAACAUCUUGGUUGGGAUUGCCGCCACGAUACUUUUAGCAGCCGGGCUGCUGCCCCCGUAUUUUGAACUGUGGAAGAGAGAUGGACGGGUGAUUGGGAUAAACUGGAUGUUUCUAUCAAUGGACAUUCUAGGAGGGGUAUUUUCUCUGCUGGCGCUGGCUGCUCAGGGAACCUUUGAUGUUCUGGGAGGCAUCAUGUACAUUCUCGUGGUUGUUCUGGAGAUGGGGAUCUACGCAAGCCAUCUCAUCUGGCGCAUUCGAUAUCGCCAGCUGCGGAUCGAGGCGAAAGCAUGUGGGAAAAGCAUCGACGAGAUGUUGGAUGCGAGGAAUAGCAUCGAAGAGAGUGGGCAUCUGAUCGACGGAUUGUUGGAUUAG